AUGCAGUACGUCCGGAGCAUCAGUGGGUCGGUCUCGAAGACAUGGAACUCGAUCAAUCCAGCGACACUCAGCGGCGCCAUUGAUGUUAUCGUCGUCGAGCAAGAGGAUGGGUCGCUGGCAUGCUCUCCAUUCCACGUUAGAUUUGGGAAGUUCUCCCUCCUCCGGCCAUACGAGAAGAAGGUAGAGUUUCAGGUCAAUGAUGUCAAGCAAGACUAUGCUAUGAAGCUGGGAGAGGGUGGAGAGGCAUUCUUCGUAUUCGAGACGACCGACGACAUUCCCGAAUCUAUGCAAACGUCCCCCUUGGUAUCUCCGGCUUCAAGUCCCCCGUUGGAACCGGAGGGGUCAAAUGGGUCGAAUCUAUCAGAGCCGGACUUUUUGGACCUAGAUGUCAAUGGGAAAGCAAGGGCUGGCAGCGUGACGAGACCUAGGGUGCUUUCCACGGCUAUAAGGCCUCAUAGCAAUCCAAACGUGCUUACUCCACCCUUCCCUCAAGAAUAUCCCGACGGCAGACCCAUAUCAGGCGACUGGUCUGGCGUUGCAGUUGGGCGAAGCAACACAGACGACCUUCUUUCGACAUCCCUACAAACAACUGGGAGCGAGGGCACAGAAAUUGACCGACAAACCCGCUCUUUAACGCCAACGUUACCCGUACAUGAUUCCCGUUCCGAUUCUUUCACCGAGAGAUCCCAGAGCCCUCCCCGGCCACCGACGAGGGAAGCUAUAGAACGUGCCAUGACCCUGUCGAAUAGACUUUCGGCAUCGAAUAUACCAACCCAGGUUACGGAUUCGGGCGAUUUGAUGCUGGAUAUGACAGGAUACAAGAGUAGCGACGACGAUGCCCUUCGAGCUGAGAUCAUUGCACGGAAGAUUCUAUCGGAAGAGCUAGAAGGCAAUUAUGAUAUUGGUGCUCUGAUAGGCGCUGAUGAGCACGGGAACCUCUGGAUAUACAGCAGCGAGGAAGCAAAGGAAGCAGCUAAUCAACGUGCCGCCAUGGCUGGGAUUCCUAAUUCUUCGGUCCUGCAUCAUGAUGCCGCCUCUGAUCCUGGCUACCACAGCGAUGGGAACAGCGACACCACCACUACUCCCAUGGUUCCCUCCCAUCACCGUGCCAAGUCUGAUAUUGGCCUGGAGACACCCCCUAACACGCCACCAGGGGCUGGCGAUCCAAACCGUAACUAUGCGAAGACGCUCCGCUUGACUAGUGAUCAAUUGAAGGCCCUGGGGCUUCAACCUGGCCCAAAUCCGAUGAGUUUUACAGUCAAUCGCGCAACUUGCCAGGCUAACAUGUACUUGUGGCGUUACGACGUCCCAGUUGUAAUUUCUGACAUCGAUGGGACUAUCACAAAAUCCGACGCCUUGGGCCAUGUGCUCAAUAUGAUCGGACGUGACUGGACACAUAUUGGUGUUGCUAAGCUUUACACUGAGAUCGUCAACAAUGGGUACAAUAUCAUGUACCUAACAUCCCGGUCAGUUGGACAGGCAGAUACCACCCGAGCGUAUCUCAAAGGCGUAAUGCAGGAGGACUAUCGUUUACCUAAGGGCCCCACGAUCAUGAGUCCAGAUCGAACGCUCUCUGCCCUGAGAAGAGAAAUCUAUCUCCGCAAGCCAGAAGUCUUCAAGAUGGCUUGUUUGCGGGAUAUCAAGAAUCUCUUCGGACCUAGUAGAACGCCUUUCUAUGCUGGAUUCGGUAACAGGCUCACGGAUGCGCUUUCUUACCGCUCCGUAAGCAUUCCGAGCAACCGCAUCUUCACGAUCAAUAGCAAUGCAGAGGUAUCACUCGAUCUUUUGAGUCUUAAUAAACUUCGAUACAGCUAUGUCAACAUGCGCGAAGUGGUGGAUCAUUACUUCCCCUCGGUCAACAUGCUUGUUAAGGGUGGCGGGGAGGAAUACACAGAUUUCACAUAUUGGCGGGAUCCGGUUCUCGAGAUCGAUGAAUUCAGCGCCUCCGAGAGCGGGCUUACAGAUGAUGAGGAUAACGAUGAAGAUAACGGCAGCGAUGAUGACGAAGAUGGGAAUGACGAAUUGGGUGAUAGUUAUAUCUCCCGCGACUCCGUUGAUGAGGGGGAUUAUUAUAACGGGCUCGAAGAGAGCAUGAUGUCUGGAUCUGGUGAUGACGAGGAUAACGAGAUGUUGAUUGAUAGCAUUUUGGAAGCAGAGGACGCUGAGUACGAACAUGACGACGAAGAUGGUCACAAAUGUGAUAUCCAGGUUGAAGAGACGCCCCAAGGGAUUGACCAUGAAGAUUCCGAAAACCACCACGCAAGCGAGUCAUCGAAGGCAGACGUGGACGCUGAAGUGAUCACCGGGAUGAAAGACCUACGUGUCGAGCAGGAAGGUACCGGCGAUGAAAGAGUUUGA